AUGGGUCGCCUCCACCAGGCCGAUCCCCCUGCGUCAUCGUCGCACUCACUCCAUUCUCUCGACGACGCGCCGCCUCCAUACACAGAUGACCCCGAACCCAUUCUCGCCCCUAUCCAGUCUGUCCAGCCUCCCACAAGCAUCCGACCCCUCCGUCUAAUCGACUCCGCCUAUGUUCUCCCCGGCGUCAAGGAUGUCAGACCCCAAGACAAGGUCUCUCUCACCCUCGAACCAGCGCUCUCAAGCAACUGCGACGAGCUCUACAAUGUUAUCUGCCGGCAGAUAAGGCUGCCGCCACGGCCGCUACUCUACAUCCAUGGCACCCACAGCGAAUCGAGCAAUGACAAAAAGGACAAAAAAAGCAACACAGUCUCAGACUUCAACUUCAAACUGGAUCUGGCAGAGACCAUGCUGACCGGCUGGGAGGGCGGAUAUACGGACGCGAUCUGGAGGGAGGUGGAAAUCCUCACAGAUGAGUACCUCAAACCCGCGUAUCGGGGAGGAAUCCUCCGCUCGCGCACGUACAAACCGCCCAAGUCGCGUGCUGCUAUUAGUCUCGGCGGGGACAGUGAUGCCCUCCUAGCCCGAGAUGACGCCGACGAGCAAGAUAACAGCUCCCCAGAAGCGAAAAGCCUGAGAAUGUGGUGCGAGCGGUUCUGUCGUGACCCCGCUUCUGUGAAAUCAUUCACUCUGCACCGUAAAGUCUCCGGUUUCGACUCCAACGCCAUGCGCAACGUCCUAUCCUCACACAUUCGCGAACUCAACUACCGCGGCUCCAUAAACUUCAGUCUCUUCAUCGCCCAACGCUCCGUCACAAUAUACUCCCCGCACUGGAUCAACCGGCUCCGUACGAAUCGUUUCGUCUGGUGGGCUGUCGUCCUCCUGCAGCUCUGGAUCAUCACGUGGCCGGUUAUCUUCUUCAUGGAGAAGAGGUACGAAGUCAUCCACACGCGCUGGAACGCAUCGCUUAUACCGGAGUCUGACUCUGUGCUGGAUAAGUGCUACGCGUUUGAUCGUGAUGAGUCUUCCCUGGCUGAAUAUUGGGCUCCGGCUGUUAAGCAGGCGGCGUGGACUCGGCGGCAGGGUGAAGGUGAUCUUUUGACGAGGAUGGAUGCGGAUCGCUUGCAGGGGUAUACUACGCGACAGCUGCUUGGUCUUCGUGCUGCUAGUUCGGAUACUGAGAUCGAUCGCCGAGAGAGGGUUAAUAAUGGUGAAGCUGGGUUUCUUGAUAAUGUUGUAGGUUUGGUGAGAGGGAUUGGAGAGGCUGGGCAGGAUUGGAGGUUUUCUGCAGGAUGGGGUGCUAACUCGUAA